GAGAGAGAGAGAGAGAGAGAGAGAGAGAGAGAGAGAGAGAGAGAGAGAGAGAGGAGAAUUUGUGAAGCGCAUUAACUCGGAUCAGAUGGAGGAGUCUCAGCGCAGCUCCUUCAAAUCCGCCACAUUUUCAGCACCACUGCGUGACUGUGCUGCGCCUCAACUCCACUCCACAGUGUGAGCGGUAACAGAGAUCUUCUCCUCAUUCUUUGAAAGUUCACAUCAGAUGCAAAUCCAUCUUCCGCUUCAUCUUUAGCUGGACAUUGCGGGUGAACACCGCGUCCCUGUUGCUUUCCACAGCGGCCAGAGAUUUCCAGUAUGGGAUGAUCGGAUUAAUACCAUCAGAGUGUUGCGUUUUGGAGAUGCAGCAGCAGUAAUACCUCACACAUUUGUAGCAUUGACUUCAGGACUCAGUCCGGACCUUUGGAAUCAGAGUUCAUCAUAUUGUGUGUGGAUAUUUCAGUAGCCCAGGACUGUGUUGUUUCAUAUCCUUAGACUUUAACCUGGCAAACAAGGACCUGGUAACUGGUAUAAUGGCCUACUGAAGCCUUUUCAUUAUUGUUAAUGACAUUCAAGGAUCACACUGGGGUUGACUGAAGCACAUUUCACCUUCUUUUGUGCUUUCGGCCCGCUCCGGACCCUUCUCACAUGGACCCGUCCAUGGCAGUAAGACGGUGCUCUGUGAUUUUCCACUAACCCGUUCAUUGGUAGUGUGUUUGAGUGGGAACGGGGUGGGAGGAGGAUGCAGGCCGGGCUGCGGGUACUGUGUGCCGGUGGAGGCGCUUCUCUCUGCUGCCUGCUCCUUCUAGGGCUCAUCUACACACACCUCCUUAAAGAAGGUCAGUUGGCGGUGGGCACGUGUGAGAUUGUGAUGUUAAACAGAGACAGCAGUCAGCCCAAACGCACCAUCGCCAGACAGACGGCCCGCUGUGCCUGUCGGAGAGGACAGAUCGCAGGCACUACACGGGCACGACCUGCAUGCGUGGACGCUCGGAUAGUGAAAAGCAGGCAGUGGUGUGAGAUGACCCCGUGUUCAGACGGAGAAAUCUGCGGCCUGCUGCUCAAUCACUCUGGCUGGACCUGCACCAAGGGAGGAGGACGAAUAAAAACCGUCACAGACUCACAGGUCUCAGAUCAGCUCCACUUGCCGUUCACAUACAAGCCACUGCCCAAGGAGCCAUCUUAAAGGAUAUCAGCUGAGAGGAGGUCUACUGACAUUCACGUGAACAUCGCAGACCAGAAGACAUUCAUCAGACCAGCACAUCUUAUCCAUCUUCGCACCCUGGAGCUAAUACAAGAAGCCCACCACCACCACCACCACCACCACCACCACCACCACCACCUCCACCUUCAACCUACCAGCCUCCUCCACCUUCUCCACACUUACAGAAUCCUGAAUCUUUGGACUUAGACAGUCAAGCACCGUUAGCGGGAUAUUUAGCGUCAUCCUUCUUGUUGUUUUUUUUUUUUGUUGUUUUUUUUCUUUGGUAAACAAACUUUAAAACCCAUAAAUUUCAGAUUUGCUGGAAAGUAGGUGAUAGACCAGAAGAAGCACAUUGCUUCAAGUCUCUAAAGAUGCAGAAUGACCUGCUGACAUGGAGUGUAGGAGUAGAACAUAAUUCUGUUUGGGAUCUUGGAUGCUCCAUUGUCCAAAAAAAAAAAAGAACACAAACAAAAUAGUCUGGAAGACUCUUCCUCCACCCUAGAGACUAAAAGACAGGAAGGGUUUUGUGUUUUGGACAUCAAGUGUAUCUCAUAAAGCAAACCACAAGCAAAUGGACGACACCAUCUAGCAGGCAGAGGUGACGUCGCUUCUUGAACUUUUUCAGCUGUUAAUGAAAACAGGAAGUUUCUGAUCAUCUUGAUCCUACUGUCUGGUAUUUUCAAGUGUAAAAAAACUAUCCAACUGCAUCCUGCUUUCCUGGGUUCCUUCUGUUCUUUGCUUUAAAGGGUCUGUCUACAUCGGAUUGCGUAUAUUGUUUUGCCAAACAACUCUCCGUUUUGCACCGUGAGGCAACACGCAGUGACAACUGAGAUGAAUUCUUUGAGCUAGAUAGAAAAUAAAAGAUGCGGAUGUGUACGUGCGGGCAUGCGUGCGUACGUUCCGGUGGCACGUGUGUCGACGGGGUCAGAUCGCAUCAGUGUUCUGUUGUUUGAAAAUCCAUCAUGUCAAUUUCUAUGCUUCUAGUCUCCCAAAGAGCUAGAAAACAUGUUUGCGUCUUAUUUCUCGUAGAUUAAUGUUAAGUCGGUGGCCUGGACAAACGAUAAGCCACACCAGAGAGUGUUUCAUUUAAAUACUAAGUUACAUGAUGGACAUAAGGAUUGUAAGCAGCAGGGUCUAGCAAGCAUAGAAAAGAAAAAAAAAAAAAAAAAAAACAGGCAAAAAGAAAAUGGCCACUUUCAGUGAACAGUAGGUUAGUAAUUUAUCAGUCUGGAGGGGUAGGCAGAGCUCCCUCGGUUGUGAAUUUUAAUGGUGUUUUAUGGUUCCUAAUAAAGUCUGUUAUGCUUCUGGCAAAUAUGCAGAGCACAACAUCCCUCGCUUCCAAUUACUGAGAAACUCAAGGAGAGUCUUCAGCCAUUCAUCAUGCCGUACUGUUCCGAGAAAUAACAGGAGAAAAUCUCUUUCUCUCUCUCUCUCUCUCUCUCUCUCUCUCUCUCUCUCUCUCUCUCUCUCUCUCUCUCCCCUCUACUCUUUUUCUGUCUAUGGUCUUUAUACCCACAUACCCGGGAGAUGUGACAAGUGAGUCUGUUCUCACAGCAGCAUUUAAAACUGAGCAAAAGCACAUGCACAUGUCAGUAAAGAGGACAUAAUACUGCAAAGAUAAAAAACAAACAUUAUGUGAUUCUAAAUACCUUCACUAUUAAAUCUCACACAAAUCCAAAGGUGCAAUUCUGGUAAAGUAUAAAACUAACAAAAUAAUGUGCUCUAUCAUAUCCUUAACCCUUGUACGGUGUUCGUAUUUUUGUUACUCAGCCAGUGUUCGUGGGUCUGCUGGUGGACCUGCUGGUGGACCUGCUGCAGUUUUGGGUUUUUAAUUCAAACAUUUUAUGUUAAAAUACUCUACAGGUGUUUACUUCAUCCCAAUUACAAGCAAUAAAACAGCAUAUAUGGUUAA